AUGCCUGCUCUUCAGCCAUCGUCUUUCAAAUUUCUCUUACGCUUUCCUGGUGAAUUCGAAUAUGAAUGGAAAAGAAAUCGCAAUUAUGCAUGGCCAUUCGAAACCAUUAACAUUGAUUACUGUCUUGAAGAGCAUCGUCUAUCUUAUUUCAAAUACUGGCGUGCAAGGCUGGAGCCACCAAUACCGAAAUAUUCUCUUCUUAUUUUCACUAUUUCGGCUCUGCCUUACCGUCGAACUGUACAUAAUCAUUCUUUUGCAAUGAAACUUAAACAAACAUCACAAACAUCAUCAAUUUUAUGGACUUGUAAUCAGAUUGACAAUUCACAACAAAUUUUUGAUAGUCUAACCAAGUUAAAAACGACAAAGACACUUGAUAUUAGUGAUUGGAAGGGAACACACUCACAGAAUGUACGUUGA